GGCCCAUAACCUAUAAACUGAAUUGUUAUCAUAAUAAUUAUAAAAAUGAUACCCAAAAAAUCAGCACAUGUUGAUCCAAGAAUUAAAAAUUUCCAAAAAUCUCCUCCAAAGUCCACAUUUUUACAGACGAAGCCCAGUCAAAAACCGAUUGAAGCAGAAGAUGAUCUCCCAGAUACAGCUAUUGAACCUCUUGAGGAAGUAAAGCAUCCUCAUGCAUAUGUCGACUUCAGUACAAAAACGCUCGAACACACACCCCAACACCCUCAUCCAUUCCCAACCUCCCUUCCCCAAGAAAGUCCAAUAUUCCCUUACGAGUCAUCACACGAGAACGCAGAGCCACUGAGCCUAUCCCAGCUCCCAGAGUGGUACCUUGAAGCCCUCAAGAAGGCUGAUGGGCACUAUAAGUAAUUUUU